AUGAAGCUUCAAUGGCCAACGCCGUUCGCAGGGGGAGACGUGGAAUCGUGGUUGGAGGAAUUUGAGGCCAUUGCGACAUGCAACGGGAUCAAAGGAGAUGCCAAUUUGCUGACCGCUUUGGGCACGUUGCUGACAGGGAGAGCGAAGGCGACCUACCAACUUACGAGGAAGGCCAAGGCUGGCUGCCUAUUUGCCGAGAUGAAGGCUGCGCUCUGUGCGGAAUUCGGUAAGGAGAGCGAUCGGCAACAUGCGCUCGAGCAGUUCCACUCAACCAAUUGGGAAGAGCAAGAAGAUUUGGUGGUGUUCUUUCAGCGGCUGAAGCGACACUUGGAGGUGGCACUCCCUGAGUUGGAUGGCGGCGCGAGAGAUCGACUACUGAGAGGCCAAUUCGUCCGAAGUUUGCCCAAACCCAUUCAGGACAAAGUGAAAUUGGCAUCCAUGGUUGGGGUCAGUACGGCAGAAGACCUUGUGGCGGUAGCGCAGAGUUUUGUGGGUCCCGUGGAGAUGGGCAGAAUCGAACCGUCCGCGUUGGAAUGCAAAAUAGACCAGCUUUCGCGCAUGGUUGAGAGGUUGGUGACCGCAACUUCGAGAACCGAGACACAACGCAAUGCACCCGGAAGACGAAGUAGGCCCCGCUGCUUCCGAUGCAACCAGCUGGGUCAUUACGCUGCAUAUUGUACAAAAAGAAAUUUUUACCGUUGUUUUUCUUUAUCUAUGUCGGGUCGGUGGCGGGUACCAUCCCUAGAAAUAACAAUUGAGGGUGUCAUAGUGAAUGCGAUAAUAGAUACGGGGGCCGGCGCUUCCAUUACGAAAAGAUUCGAGUGUGUCCCGUUACUACAGUCGUCAAUAGCAAUGCAAACAGUCGGAGGACACUGCUUGAAGGUUACUGGGACUCAGCGAUUACGAGUGAGAAUCGGAAAAACGGUCAUUAGUCACUCCAUGUUCGUGGUGGAGGGGGCAACGGAGACAAUCAUCGGUAACGACAUCCUUAAGCGGUUGGGUGCAACCAUUGAUUUGAGGAAGAAUGUUCUGGUAGUGGACAGCGAGGCGAUCGAGAUGAGCCCAGGGAAACGCGAUCACAUAGGUGCCGUGACGAUUCUUCCCGAGUGUCCGAACCGUGCAAUAAGGGACGUGCUUCAGAAGUAUUCGCACUUGUUCACUGAUGUGAAUGAUGAUUACGGAUUUUGUAGCUGGGUGGAACAUCGGAUACCUCUAGUCCCGGGUGGGCAGUGCAAGCCGAUUUUCCGGCGAAUACCGCAGAACACUCUGGGGGAGAUACAGAAACAGGUGGCUGAAAUGGAGGCCAGAGGCAUCAUCAGACGAACAAACAGUCCGUAUUCAUCUCCCGUACUGUUGACGAGAAAGGCAGAUGGAAGCUACAGAUUCUGCAUCGAUUUCAGGGAGCUGAAUAGAGUUACGGUGAAAGACGCCUUUCCAAUGCCCCAAAUGGAAGAAAUUUUUUCCAAUCUUCACAAUGCCAAGCUGAUUUCAUUGAUAGACCUACGUUCGGGUUAUUGGCAACUCCCCAUUGCAGAGGAAGACAGGUAUAAAACAGCUUUCAGCGUAAAUGGCCAACAGUACGAAUUCUUGAGAAUGCCGUUUGGACUGUGCAACGCCCCAGCAACAUUCAGGCGCUUACUACUUAUGGUGCUGGAGAACCUCAAAAAUGUGGUUGUUUAUGGGGAUGACAUCGUUAUUUUCUCGGAGACGGAAGAGGAUCAUGGUGCCCUACUCGCAGCUGUAUUACAAAGACUGGAGGAAGCCGGGUUGAAGCUCAGUCGCAAAAAGUCACAGAUCGCCCAGAAGUCGAUUGUCUGUUUGGGCCACAUUGUCGGGAAUGGCCAGGUCCAGCCGCUUCCAGAGAAACGCGAAUCAAUCAAGAAUUUCGCAGCCCCGAAAUCGAAGCGUCAGCUCCGGUCGUUCCUCGGUAUAGCAACCUAUGACUCGAGGUUCGUGCCCCAUUUUGCGGAGAGGAUAAGCCCCUUGUUAAAACUUCUGCGUAAAAACGAAUCGUUCACGUGGACUCCUGAAGCAGAUCGGGCCUUCAACGAACUUAAGCAGUACGUUGCGGACGCACCAGCGUGUUUACGGCUACCCAACCCUGGAGAAAAAUUCACCGUGGCGGUCGAUGCAAGCAACGUUGCGAUCGGAGCUGUACUGUCCCAACCAGCCGGUGUGGUCGAAUAUGCCAGCAGAGUCCUAACCAGCGCAGAGCAAAAGUACUCCACGACGGAGAAAGAAUGCCUUGCCAUUGUGUGGGCGUUGGAGAAAUGGAGAACAUACUUAUUAGCAACGGAAUUUCAUGUUGUUACCGACCAUAAGCCACUAUCAUGGUUAAUGACGACGAGGGAUCCGCGAGGACGACUAGCAAGGUGGGCGUACCGGCUCCAGGAAUUCACUUUUACGAUCGAGCACAUAGAUGGGACGAAGAACGUGAUGCCCGACAUGUUAUCGCGCCCAUCUCUGGACGAGUUCUUACCGGACACAGCCAUACCGGUGAGUAGAGUCGCCGCUGAGGAUCGAAGCCUACUGGAAAGCCAACGCGCGAAUGAACUGGUGAGGUUAGUAUGCACUCAUUUACAAGCCGGGACCAAGCCAGAGGUGACGUCAGGAGAAAUCGAGGAGCUCCUCCGGAUUUGGGAUAAGCUGGAGGUCGCGAACGGCAAUCUGUUGGGAACAAUAAACGGAAUGAAAGUACUCUUCAUCCCCCAGAAUCUACGGGAGCGGGUGCUGCAAGUGACCCAUGACGACGCCCACAUAGGAUUUGAGAGAGUCCUCGACCUGCUGCAGAGGAGGGUAUUUUGGCCCACCAUGAGAAAAGACGUCGCGGCAUACAUUCGUGGAUGCCCAUCUUGUCAAACAAACCGCGAUAUGGAUACAGCGAGGCCCCCGAUGCGAUCUAUCGAAGUCAACCAACCGUUUCAAUUUUGGGGAUUGGACGUUUUUGGUCCCUUACCGGUCAGUCGGUCCGGAAACAGGUACAUCCUAGUAAUGAUUGACCAUUUUACUCGGUGGAUAGAAGCCAUACCGAUUAAGGAUCAAACAGGGGAAACAGUGGCACAGGUAUUCGAGUCCAAUAUACCCGCAAGGUAUGGAGUCCCGCAGUGUGUUUUAACCGACCAAGGACCCUGUUUCGAGUCCAGAGCGUUUCAGGCCGUAUUGCAGAAGUGGAACAUCCAGAGACGACGCACGUCACCGUAUCAUCCACAGACCAACGGGUUGACUGAACGCUUUAAUCGGACAAUGAAGACAUGGAUAAACUGUACAAAGUUACCGUGGGAGCAAGCAUUGCCCAGGGUCCUCCUCGCGUAUAGGACCAGCAAGCAGUCGACCACCAAAGUUGCUCCGUUCGAAUUACUGUUCGGCAGGCAGCCCAGAAUUCCACUCGAUGCAUGCAUUACGCAAACGCAGGGAUGGGAUAUCCCACCAACACACCGCGCACGUCUGGAAGCAACCGCCAGAAGAGAAAUCAAGUUUCGGCAAGCAAGGAAUAAGCGCAACUACGAUGCCAGGUACGCGACCCACAAGUGGCAACCAUACAGUGCAGGUGCCAACGUAGCGAUACGAAAUCACGCACGUCCGGAAUUUGGAGGUCCGGGUACACGGAAGUUCAGGGAAUACUGGAGAGGCCCUUAUACGGUACUCCACAGCAAAGGAGAGAAUGUCAAAGUUCACGACGGGGCGUCGCCACGCUGGAUGAAUGCAGCUAUGUUACGUCCGUGGCAUGUGAGAGAACACCAACUUCGAGAAGGGGCGGGUGUAGGAAGGCGGAAGGCAGCGUUUGCCCAAAGGACGGUUAGACCAGUAAAACGGAGGCCGACGAAUAGAGAGACCGAUGCAAUGGGGGCGAUUCGCUGGAGAAACCCAGGCCCAAUAGCACGAGACGGAAACGGGACAGGAGCGGCAUCCGUGGGUGAGCCCGAGGCAGACAAAGCAGGUGGGGAAUUUGUUGAAGACGCAAUAAAUCGGACAAAACCGCCGGUAUCGCAUCUUCAAGAAACAAUCCCGGGGAGAGUGAUACACCCACGGUCAAGCAAAGCGCACGCUAUCGAACGACUCCGGCCUUGCCAGAAUCGGAGGUGUGGAAACGAAGAUACACGGGCGAAACGGAUACAGAAGAUGCGUUCCCGUACUCCAGAAGGA